AUGGGUCGCCAAUCGCGGCGGCGGCCGCCCGCCUGCACGCUUUGCCGGAUCCGCAAGCUGCGCUGCAACCGCGGCUCGCCGUGCUCCAACUGCUCGAUCCGCGGGGUCCCUUGCAACCUCGAUGGACCGUCUCCCGGGGCGGCCGCCGGGUCCGGGUCCGGGUCCGGGUCCGGAGCUGCUCCGAUGCUUCAGGGGGGCCACGGGGUUCACUAUGCCGGCGGCGGCGGCGGUGGGUCGCAGGAGGCCUUGAACAGGAACCACUUGGCGCCGUCGUUGCUGGCGUCUUCGCAGCUGCAGCUGGUGACGGCGGACGUGCUGGGGCUUGAGAAGAACUGCUCGAGCCAGAAGGUGUUGAAUGCCGCGGAUAUUCAUAUGAUGAUGACUCUCUCGGGGUUUUUUUUUUCGCAGGACUCACUGGCACCUCCUCCGCUCACCUUUCGCACUCGCUCCAUCCGCACCAUCACCAGCCCUUCCUUCUUCGUGCUGCAUCCCAGCAGCAGCAGCUCGCCCGCAUUGACGGAACAGGUCCGGGUCAUCAAGUGCAUAUGCCUGCCCCUGAGGGCAGACGCCCACGUCCUGCUGAACAAGUUCAUCGAGGACGUCCUCCACUUCCACCACAUCUUCCACACCCCGUCCCUGCCCCGUGCCAUCGACCGGUUCUACGACGCCGUGGAGCAGCAACAGCAACAGCAGGGGGGCGAGAAGCCGGUGGUGGUGGUGGUGGACACGGGCCAGCUGAUGGUGAUGCUGGCCAUCUGCUGCAGCAGCACGCACACGUGGACCCGGUUCGACGACAGCAGGGGGCUCUUCAAGCGCUCCGAGGACGCAAACGCGCAGACGGCCGGCUGGCUCACCACGGCCCUCGAUGUCAUUCAUCAUGCGCACCUGGCGGCGCACGCGUCCCUGGCGUGCAUCCAGGGCAUCGUGGUCGUCUUCUUCAUGAUUUGCAGCCUCGAGGGCAUCUCGGCGCGGGCGCGGCUGCUGCAUGCGCAGGCGGUGGCCAUGGCGCAGGAGAUUGGGCUGCAUUGUCUUGAUGCGCCGCCCAACGCAGGCGGCGGCGGCGGCCAGGCAGGGCUGCUGAAGAAGUCUACCGUUGAGGCCGAGGUUGGGCGCAGGACGUGGUGGUAUCUCACUGAUACGGACUGGAUGCUGUCCAGGUUGUCAGUCCCUCAACAAGGGGCGUACACGAUCCUGCCCAGCCAGAUGGCAGUGCGAAAGCCCAGCAACGCAAACGACGUGGACAUUGUCGACGGACAAGAGGUCGUCGACCGGCCCCUGGACGAGGCCACGUCCGUGUCGUAUCUCCUGCAGCGAACGCGCCUAGCAGAGCUCUUUUACAGUCUCGGCAGCCACGACAAGUCGCUCAACUGGAACUCGGAAGAGGCCGACUACGGCAAAGUCAUGGAGGCGGACAUGAAGCUGCGGCAGUUCAUGCGAGAGCUGCCCGCCUUCUUCCGCCUCGAGAACAGCGGCGCGCUUUCGAAGCUGCCGCCGUCGGACAUGCGGCGCUCGUCGGACAUUACCAUCCAGCGAUACAUGCUCAACAUGAUCUUUUACGGGCAAAUCUGCAAGCUGCACCUGCCGUACCUCGCCCGGGGCACGGUGAACCCGGGCUUUGCGUACUCGCACGACUCGUGCCUCAAGGCGGCGCAGCGCAUCAUCUACAUUGAGCACCGCAUGAGGGCCGAGAACUCGACGUUUGUGCUGUUCCGGCAGCGCAUGAAUGUCAAGUUUCGGAGCAUCUUCAUUGCCUGCGUCGUCUUUGUGCUGGACGGGUGCUUGGCUACAAACGAGGGCGGCGAUUCUACGCAAGUAUAGGGCGUCGCAUCCGGCGCUGCAGGCGUUGCAGAUGGAGAAGCACAGUCAGGAGGCGGCGACUUUUG